AUGCAAGCAUAUGAAGAUCCUUCCAGAUCCUACCACAACGAUCCAUCAGGUGCUGCUGGACAUUCUUUAUUAGAAAACAAUCAAGCUUAUAAGUGGAAACAAAUUGUAUAUGAAAAUGGUCCUCGGCCUGGGCCACGAAGUGGAGCCGCAAGCGUCGUUUACGAAGACUCUUUAUAUAUAUUUGGCGGAUAUGGAGGAAAUGGACGUUUAGAUGACCUUUGAGAGUACAAUUUCUGUGAAAAGAAUUGGCAUAGGCUAGAAACUCAUGGGACAUCGCCACCUGGUAGAGAAAAUAAUGGUGCUGUCUUAUAUAAGGGUGGAAUGUAUAUAUUUGGUGGCUACUCAGGAUGCUUUUGGCUAAAUGAUUUUCACCGUUUAGAUUUACGUAAAGAUUAUUUAGAUUCCUUUGCUUGGACUCCAGUUAUAGCAAAAGAAGGAAAUCUGCCAUCAACUAGGUUUGGCUACGUAAGUGCAGCAUGAAAAGAUAUCCCAUUUUAAAAAAUUGGCAAAAUUAGUAAUUUUAUUUUUUUUAAAAAAUUAUUUAAUAGAAAAAUAAUACAUUUUUAGUAUUUGGAGGCUAUGAUGGGUCUAAUUGGCUAAAUGACAUGCAUGAGUACAACUUUUUAAAAAUGAAAUGGACUAAACUUGAUAUAAAAGGAGUUUCCCCAAGCGUAAGAAGCUGCCCUUCUUGGGUUUCAUAUGGGAAAAGUGUUUAUUUGUUUGGAGGCUAUGAUGGUGUGCAUAGGAUGAAUGAUUUCUAUGAGUUCGAUUUAGAAGAAAAAGCAUGAAAGCCUGUACAAUUUACAGGACCGUCACCUUCGCCAAGGUAUUUUCAUUCUUCUGUUGUAUAUGGAGAUUGUAUGUAUUUAUUUGGAGGCUAUAAUGGUAUAGAAAGGCUGCAAGAUUUAUAUCAAUUUGAUUUUAAUAAAAAACGCUGGAGCUGCUUACUCUGAUAUGAGAAUAAGCAAUAUAUAGUUAUUUUGGUUAUAUUUUGAAUUGAAUUUAUAAUGGUAGAUAAUUUAUUUUUCUUCCAAAUUAAAAAAAAAAUUCCUCCUCAAAAAUAUUUAUGAUAAAUCAGAGAAAAAAAAAUUAUACCCAUCGGUGAAUUAGUUGUGGAAGAUCCUCCAACUGGAAGAUCAAGCCUGGUGAUCCAAGUGUACAGCCAUUCUAUGUUUGCAUUUGGAGGAUACAAUGGAAACUUGGUGUUGAAUGAUUUUUACGAAUUUCAAUUCGAAAUGGUUGCCAUUCCUCCAUCAAGUUUUUUUAGUGAUAUAAAAAACAUGAUAAACCAUCCAUGUUUUAGUGACGUGACUUUUAUUGUCGAAGACAAAGAAAUUAAAGCAAAUAGGUCACUAUUAGCUGCCAGAAGUGAGCACUUUAACGCCCUUUUCUUCGGAGGUAUGCGAGAACAAACUGAUCCUCUUGUCCAUAUUGACGAUGUCCAAUACGAGGUUUUUGAAGAAAUUUUACAAUAUUUGCAUACCGAUACCAUUCGGCCUAUGAGUGUCGAUAUGUGUGUAUCAGUUUAUAGCGGGUGAGACGUGCUGCGAAGCUUUGUAAAAGGCUUGGGCGGUGAGCUGACCACCAUGAAACCAAGAUGGCUCGGUGACGCACUAGCUUAACUAUAUCCCUUUUGCGAGGGUGCGGCACUAGACACCUUAAAUACCAGAUUUUAAGUUAAGUAAGGCGUAUCAGUUAUGGUAGCUGCAGAGAGAUUCAUGAUAGACAGGCUAAAAGCAUUAUGCCAAGACAAUAUAAGGAAAAAUAUUACAAUUGAGAAUGUUGUUCCUAUUUUGAGAGUUGCUUAUUAUCAUAGAGCAAAUUCUUUAAAAGAAAUAUGCAUGGAUUAUAUAUGCUUGAACUUCAAAGAUGUUAAACAAAAUACCUCAUUUCAAGAACUUGAAGCUGAGCCACAUUUGAUGAUGGAAUUAUUAAUGAGACUUUAA